UCAGUGUGUCUCCAAAGACACUAGGCUCUUUCUCUAUGAAUUAUGCAAAGUCUUUUUAAAACCUAGAAACUUUUAAUUACCUGUAGCAUAUACAAAUUACUCAGUUUUCAUCUGGGUCAAAGCUUAAGAUACUAAAAUUUUCUGUCAGGUUGAACCAUAUCCAAAGAAUUCUUGUGUGGGAUUUGAUGUGGCUUUGAUGACAUCUGCUUUACUUCCUGGCACCCCUUGUAUCAGUUCUGGCUUGUUAGCUCUCGGCAGAAAUAAGGCUCUGAUGUUCUCAGAAAUGUAGUCAUAGGGGCUCCGUACCCACUGUGCCAUCAUUUUGUGCUUUCUGCCAUACAUGUCCUUCAUCUCUUAGCAACUAGAAUUCCUGGCUUGGGGAUUUCCUAACUGUUUUUAUCUCAGCAACUUUUUUAUUUUAUUUUAUUUUUUUUGACAGAAUCUUGGCUAGUUUGUAAUCCAGAGAUUUUCAUUUUAUGUUAGUUAUUUUAAGCCAUUUAGUUAGUAAUUUGGAAUCUUUCACUUCCUGUUCCUCUGUUUUGAUUUUUAAUUGGAUCUUUAGCACUUAUCUCAUCCCCCCACUCCACCCCUAUUCAGAAGAGCUUUUCCUGGCAUUUACUCCUUUUCCAGCCUGUUUCACCAUGACUGAUUAUAACCCUCCCCACCACUCAGAAUUCCCCACCCCUCAUCCCCAGUCCCCCAUCCCUUAACUGCCCUUUCUGGUUCCAGAGUCAUUUGUCUCUUUAGUAGCCAUACUCAAUCCUCUUCAUUAUUGCAUUAUAAGAUAGGUUUUUCCAGAAGAACUGUAAUACACUUUAUUGCACUUGAAUUCCGGUGCUUAGAAGCUGCUCCCUUCGUUACAUAGUGCAGCCUGCAGAGUUGAUUUUGUUUUAAAUUGAAGUAUGGUUGAUUUACAAUGCUGUGUUAGUUUCUGGUAUAUAGCAUAGUGAUUCAGUUAACACAUAUAUAUAUUCUUUUUCAUUAUAGAUUAUUAUAAGCUAUUGAAUAUAGUUCCCUGUGCUAUACAGUAGGACCUUGCUGUUUUAUCUAUUUUAUAUAUAGUAGUUUGUAUCUGCUAAUCCCAAACUCCUAAUUUAUCCCUCCCCACCUUUCCCCUUUGGUAAUCAUCAGUUUGUUUUCUAUGUCUAUGAGUCUGUUUCUGUUUUGUAAAUAAGUUCAUUUGCAUCAUUUUUUAAGAUUCCACAUGUAAGUAAUAUCAUAUUUGUCCUUGUCUGACAUACUUCACCUGGUAUGAUCAUCUCUAGGUCCAUCUGUGUUGCUGCAAAUGGCAUUAUUUCCUUCUUUUUAUGACUGAAUAGUAUUCCAUUACAAACACACACACACACACACACACACACACACACACACACACACACACACACACUCUUUAUCCAGUCAUCUGUCAUUGGACAUUUAGUUUGCUUCCAUGUCUUGGCAAUUGUAAAUAGUGCAGCUUGCAGAGUUUUGCUGUGCUCAGGUAGAAAAACAUGUACCAGUGUUUCUAAUAUUGCCCAUAAACAUAAAGCCAUCUUUCCUUCUUUUCUGAAGGCCCACAAUUAGAUUUCAUGUUGCUUUUCCUUUUCCACUUUGGGGAUGUUCUUCAUCUCAACAAAUGUGCUUUGGAUGUACUGAUGUUUGAUUUUCCAGUAUUAGGGAAAUAUAAGCCAGGUUUUCUAUAAGGUGCAGUUGAGAAAGGGAUGUAUUCAUCUGUUAAGAAAGGAAAGAGGAAAAGAACUAAUGCCUGGUGCAUUAUAUAUCUAUUUUUUUCAUUUAAUCCUCACAACUACCCUGCAUAAUAGUUAAUAUCUCGGUUGGACAUAGGAACAAGCUAGGGCUCAGAAAGGUUAAGAAACUUGCCUCAGGACACACAGCUAAGAAGAGGCAAAGCCAAGAUUGAAACCUGAGAAUGUUAAUGACUGAAAGAAAAAUGCUCUUUUCCUACAGCACUUCCCUGACGCCCAGUAAAACUGUAAUGUCCCUGUGAAAUCUGCUGUGACUACAUUAUUACAGUCAAAGGCAAAAGGUAAUGGCGGUUUAAUAAAGGAGCUGGAUGCACACCUAUUGAGAAAGAGGGCGUGUGUUGGUGUGGGACCUGUUGGUGUGUAAUACUUUAUUCUUAAGUUCCAUGAAAAAAAAACCAACUAAGUACAGAUGCACUUUACUCAGUAUAUUUAAAGUUCUAAGGAAAAAUACAUAAAUUGACUAUGUUUUAAAUGUGAUAGGGGAAUUUCUCAUUAAAGGAAUCUUAUAGUGAAUUUUUAAGAGCAAAUGAUUCCUUUUUUAUCUUUAUUUUCAGUUUUGCCCCUGGCAUACAGGUAUCAUUUAAGAAGGCUAUGCCUGUGAGGUUGCAUGGUCAUUAACUGGUUUGUAAUUUCUCCCACACGUAUUUGAAUAUUGUGGUGUUUCAGUGUUUCCUAAACUUCAUAUUUGCAUGCACCUUCACAAUCUUCAUUAUAUCUAUGUUCCACCUGUGCUGCUAUUUACUCACUAUUCUUCUUCAAGUCAAUCCACAUUUUUUGCUCAAAUUUAUUUACUUUUAAAAGAGACUUUGCAUCACUACUGUAAAUGUGAAAACAGAAUAAUUCACAAUAAAUGGACAUUAACAGUAAAAUAUUAUUAGAUUCUAGCUAGAUACUAUUGCUUGUUGAAGACUUCCAUCUGAGGAGGAUUAGAAAGCAUUCUGGUAGCGUGGAAAACACAGUCUUACCAGACUAAAGAUACGUCUUUGUAAUCACAAGGACUGAAAGAGGAUUGAAAGGAAAUAACUUUCUCUCAAGAAUAAAGAGGAAAUGAUGGACAAUAGAAGCUACUCCAAUCUGCCAGACAGACUGCCUGUCUUCACUGAUUCUGCCCACCUGCCCCUGGCCAGGUCCUUCUAUCUGGACCCCAUGGUCACGUUCCACCUGUACCCUGAGGGCCCAGUGGCGUCCCCUUUCUCUGAAGACCUGCCAUUGCUGCCUUUUUCCAGUGACUCCCUGAUCAUGGAAAAUUACGGUGAACCCUGUGCCUUCUCCUUCCCAGUGCCUUAUCCAAAUUACAGAAGGUGCGAUUAUUCCUACGGGCCGGCCUUUAUCCGGAAAAGGAAUGAGCGGGAAAGGCAGCGGGUGAAAUGUGUCAAUGAAGGCUACGCCCAGCUCCGACAUCACCUGCCAGAGGAGUACUUGGAGAAGCGACUCAGCAAAGUGGAAACCCUCAGAGCCGCGAUCAAGUACAUCCAUUACCUGCAGUCCCUCCUCUGCCCUGAUGAGGCUGAGAUGAAGAAUAACCCCAGGAAAGUUUCCUCCAUGAUGGCAACCACCAGCCGCCACACUGAUCCCAUUUUUAGAAUCAUUUGAUUCUGUGUUUCCAAACAGAAACAGUUUCACAAAAUGUGGUCCCUUACAUCAUUAAUAGUUUUCCUAAUGUCUUCUGUGUGGGCAGAUAAUAGUUCAAAUGCUAAGCUAUGCUGCAUAUUUCUUACCUGGCUCUCAGAUGUACUAAACAUUAUCUGAUGUAGAUUGAGAAAAUGCUUCUUAAGUUUUGGUGAUUUCUUUAAAGAACUUUAGAGGAGCAGGAGCCCCAAAUCUCUAUACCUCUAACCUUGCUCUUCUCACACAGAAUCUCAGCUGUGAGAAACUCUCACAAAGAUUAUGUAAAGUACAACCGACGACUAUUCACUGCCUGUAAUGCACUUUGCAAAUACUUCGUAUUAAGCAAUCACAAUGAACCUCCCUUGAUUUGUCAAA